AUGGCAAUAAGGCUCCUGAAGUCAAAUAUCAAAACGCCCGUAAAGCGUCAGAAAAAGGCAACUCCCAAAAAGACAACCGAAAAAGAUCCUACAAAAAACAGAAACAGCGCUUUCUUCCAGGAACAGAAUUUGUCAAAUGAACUUGCAGAUGUUAUAGGUGUAGAAAAAUGUUCUAGGCCUCAGGUAGUGAAACUUCUUUGGGCGUACAUUAAGGACAACAAUCUCCAGAAUCCUGACGAUAAGAGGCAAAUCAUAUGUGAUACCAAACUCCAUGCGUUGUUUAAGAAGAGUAAGUUUUUUUUACUUAGAUGA